AUCUACCCCGUCUUUUAUAAGAAACUUCUAGAACUAGCACCUCUAGAUACUAAGCUAGUAACGAAUAUAGAGCUUAAAGACAACAAAUAUAAGGUUAAGAAAAUUAAGAACCUACGGAAAAUUAGUAAAAAUCUAAUAAACUAUAAGUUACUAGUACGUAAAUACUACUAG